AUGGCUCCUAGCGCCUCCAAGACCAACACAGCCUCUGAAGGCUCCACCUCGCAAGCUCGCAGCAGCAAAGGUACAGGAGCUGCUGGCGAGUCUAGUGCCAAGGGCGCUCAAACCAGGCCGGCAUACCUUCAAGAGCUCUCCGAAUCCCAAUACGCUGCUGCGACUCACCCGCCAACAUCAUGUCUUCAGAUCUUGGCCGGUCCAGGCUCGGGCAAGACACGCGUGCUCACCUCUCGUGUCGCUUGGCUGAUCCUCGAAGACGCCAACAAGCUCAAGCCAGAGGACGUUCUGGUCGUCACCUUCACCAACAAAGCAGCCAACGAGAUGAAGAUGCGCCUCAUCAAGCUCAUAGGCAAGGAACGAGUCGACAAUCUUGUCAUCGGAACCUUCCAUUCGGUCUGCGCUAGGUACCUGCGCAAGUACGGCAAGCUGAUCGAGCUGCCGAACAACUUUACCAUCAUCGACUCCGACGACGCCAAGCGCAUGUACAAGUCGAUCCUCAAGGAGCUCAAGCCGGACCUCGAGAAGGAAGGCAUGGGUACUCUCAAGCCGGAAGUAUGCAUGUCCGAGAUCUCGAAGGCGAAAGCAAAGGAGAUCGAUCCUGUGAGGUAUCGGGAGCUGGCACAGCAGGAAGCAGCCAAGGGCAAGCCUUCUCGAGCGCCAAUAGGUCGUCAAGUUGCCGGAUCAGCUGCUUUCAAGACGGUCAUAGCCAACAUUUACAUGAUGUACCAGCAGCAGCUUGUCGAUGCGAAUGCUUUGGACUUUGACGACCUCCUCGUCUACGGAGUCCAGCUCUUCCGCCACCAGAACCAGGUGGUGCGCAACAUUCGGCACGUGCUCGUGGACGAGUUCCAGGAUACCAACAUCACCCAGUACGAGCUGAUGCGACUCGUAGCAAAGGCGUCGCAAGCGGUCAGCAUCGUCGGCGACCCGGAUCAAAGUAUCUAUGGCUGGCGAAGCGCCGAGAUCGGCAAUCUCGACAAGAUGACCAAGGAAUUCAAGGGCACGCAACAGGCACGACUGGAAGAGAAUUAUCGAAGCACAGGAUCCAUCUUGGAACUCGCGCUCAAGGUCGUUCAGCAAGACACAUCGCGUGUUGACAAGGAUCUCUACACCUCGCAUCCUCGCGGGCUGCCUGUCGUGCUCAAGUGUCAAGGCUCGGCUCAGCUGGAAGGUGCCUACAUAGCAUCCGAAGUCAAGCGUCUGGUCGCUCAUUCCGGAGGUAUGCUCGACUACAACGACUUUGUGAUCCUGCUUCGAUUCAACUACCUCUCGCGUGCCAUCGAAGCCGAGCUGCAAUCCAGAGGCAUCGACUCCCGAAUGAUGGGUGGACACAAGUUCUUUGACCGUAUGGAAGUCAAGGAUCUGCUUGCCUACUUGGCUCUGGCCGACAAUCCGGGCUUCACGCCGGCCUUCAUCCGUGUCGUCAAUGUCCCCAAGAGGGGCAUUGGCGAGAAGAGCGUCACCGACCUGCUCAACAUGGCCAAAGCGGAAGGCUGCAAACCGAUGGAGCUUGCCGAGCGCGUGGUCAAAGGCGGCAAGAAUCCCGGCGUCAAGCCAGGCAUGAAGAAGGGCCUCAAGGAGCUGGUCGAGGCUGUGACUGCCGUGCGAGAAGCGGCGAGCUCGGGCACGCCGGUUGCUGAGCUGAUCCAGCUGCUCAUCGAAAAGAUCAACUACGAGAACUACCUCAAGGCGCAACCCGACUACGACGCACGAUGGGGCAACGUGCAGGAACUCAUCUCUUUCUCCAUCAUCGUUGCUGCGAACACGACGAAUUCUGACACUGGUGCGCCGUCGGUGCCCAUCGAAGAGAUUCUCUCUCAUACGCUUUCGAAUCAGGAAGGCGCCGACAAGGGUCGAGCACAGGAGAGUGAUGAUGAGGACGAGUUCGAGGAUGUCAAGGUCGAGGCGGAAGUAAGCAAUCCCAAGACUGAGAAGUCGCAACAAGCCUCACAACAAAACGCCACGAGGGAGAAGGAUUCAAGCAAGGCUGCCGGAUCAUCACCAUCGAAGAAGAGGGAAGUGAUCGACCUCUGCGAUUCAGGCGAAGAGGAUCAGCCAUCGACAACCAAAGCCAAGGCCAAGCCUGGUCCGCAGAAGAAGCGCCGAACCACAAAGAAGGAGUCGUCAGCCGACGCCGAAGACAAUGAGGCCGAUGACGAUGUCAAGCCCGAAUCGUCCCUUCUCAAACAGCUUGACGAAAUCGAGGAGAAAGUCAAUCAGGAUCAGGCGAGCGACGAUGGCGACGACGACGCAGAGGAGACCAAGACACCGCUCCGGGUCUUCCUGGAAGCAUCGAUCCUGGCCACCGACAUGGACGCCGAAGCGGACAAGACAGACGAAAAGAAGAAGCCGAAAGUGACCAUCUCGACCUGCCACGCAGCAAAAGGUCUCGAAUGGCCGGUCGUCUUCAUUCCCGCCAUCGAAGAAGGCUGCUUCCCAUCCUUCCGGUGCGAGAAGCCCGAAGAGAUUGCGGAAGAGCGUCGUCUGCUCUACGUCGCCAUGACGCGAGCCGAGACGAUGCUCUACCUCACCCACGCCACAGCCCGAAUGCAGGGCGGCGAAACGCAGGACAAGAUCCUCAGCAAUUUCGUUUCCUCUGUUGCGCCAAAAAAGGAUGGCGGUUCCUCCGAGGCGAAGAACGCGAUCCAAUUCUGCACCACUCGACCCAAACUUGACAUCGACGCCGUGACGACCAUCGCCAAGGUGACGGGCAAGCCGAUGCCUUCCGAGGCGCAGAUCAAAGCAUCCAUCGCGACAUGGGAGAAAUCGUCGGGCAAAGAAGUGCAGAAUGUCGACCAGAUGAACAGCGGUCGGAUCAGCGGUUUCGGCGCGUACUCGAGCUACGGCGGUGCAGGUGGGUACACGACCUCUGGCGUCCACAGCGGCGCUACGGGCGGCUGGAACUCGCACAUGGGCUUCGGUCUGUAUAGCGACGACAACUUACGCUCUUCUUCCCCUGCUGGUCGGCACCAAGUACAGGACAGUGAUGCGAUGAGACGGUCGCUGGGGUUCACGCCGCCGACGCUGGGCAGCUUUUCUUCGGCGACGGACGACGAUGCGACGCCUACUGCGUAUGGCGGGUUUCAGCGGGCGUCUUCGCUUGGUGGGGGAGCUGGUGGGUUGGGUGCGUACUCCAAUCGUAGUCUCGGAAUGGGAGGGGCGGGAGGGAGACAGAAGCAGCCGCUGGUACCGCCUUCUCGGCAGCCCGUGGCGACACCGCCUGCUCCACCGUCUUUUACGGAUGCGGUCCGCCUCAGAGCCCGCCCGGAAGACUCGGUUGCAUUGGCUAGAGCAGACGGCACGGCACCGCGUCCACGUGCGGACCUCAAUAGUUUCCAGCAGGCUCACACGCAAGGGAUCAGCAGCAUGCUCAACAUGCUUCCGCCGUCGUCGUCCGGAGGAGGAGGUUCGAGGAGCUCGCCCAUCGUCGUUGGCGGCGACUCGCCGAGUGAUUCUGGGACUGGAGGUGUGAGAAACGGUGGUCAAGGGACAGGCAAAAGGAGACUGGGGAUGAUGAGACGGUUUUGA